UGCAAACAUGUACUUCGGUCAGGACCCCGCAGAUUUCCAGUUCUGCAGCUCCGUUUCGUGCAGCGAAGAGUUGCCAAUCGCAGACGGAGACCAGAUGGCCCAGGUGUGUUCCCCGAGUUCAGGGCCUUCCAGCCCGCUUUCGGCGAACUCGGACUCCAGCUGCACCAGCCCCGAACCCAAAUCUGCUGCGGCACAGCAGAGGGUCAGGAGGCCCCUGAACGCCUUCAUUAUCUGGACCAAAGAGGAGCGCCGGCGACUGGCACAGCUCAACCCAGACCUGGAAAACACCGACCUGAGCAAAAUACUAGGGAAAGCCUGGAAAGCCAUGUCCUUGGCUGAAAAACGUCCCUACAUGAAGGAAGCUGAGCGUCUAAGAGUGCAGCACACCAUUGACUAUCCUAACUACAAGUACAAGCCACGCAGGAGGAAGCAGUUUAAGAAAAGCCCAAAGACUCCAGAAGCAUCGACACCUUCAUUAUGCAGCUCAGGCUUCAGACCUCCCUACAACCUCACCUACCUGCUCCAGAAUCACCAGCAGCCUUUCCAAAAUGCACACACCUUCCCAAACUCCUCAGCUAACUACACCUCUUGUCACAGCAGCUAUGCAAACACCCCUGACUUCCCAGACCAAGGAAAAGAAGCCACAGCCCCAAAUAAUCCUAUCAUAUACUCAAACCCUCCUGUGUACGCUGCACAGGCUAAAGGGUAUUUUGACCCUCAGCAGGGCCACAUCCAGGAAGGUUUCUCCAGUCCUGCAGCUCCCAUUGGGAAUCAGAGGGAGUUCAGGGUCUAUGGAGGCCCCCAGUGCCUUCCUGGGCCAUCCCUGGAGUUCUACUUAGAAAGGGUUAAGGCUGAUAUGCUGUAUGAUCUGGAUCGCAGCGAGUUUGAACAGUACCUGGGUCCAAGCCCCCAGAGGCCCGAGUCAGUGGAUCCCGGCAGUUACUAAGAGCAAAGCAGCCACAUACCCAGACGCUUGCUCUCAUGAAACAGUUCAGAAUGGCAUAUUUAUUUAAAUUAUAUUAUAUAUCGUAGAUCUUGAGUGUGUUGUCCUUCCAUGUCAUGUCAUUAAAAAUAUAAUGGAAAUAAUAAUUAACAAAUUCAUUUUAAUGAUCAUGUUGUUGUUGAGAUCUUAAAUUGAAAACGGUGAUAGAAAACUAUGAUUAUUUUUAAUUAAUUUAAACUAAAAUAAUCAAUGUCAGUAACUUGAGGAAUGAAUCCUGCAGAUUUUGUUAAAAUCCAUGCUGGUAAAUAAACUUUGUGCUUUUUGGCAU